UUGUUUUGAAAUUCCUGAACAAAAAUGAUUGCAGGGUUAAGAUAUAGUGUCAUGUCAGGAUUCUGUUUGGAACAUACAGUUAUAAAAAAAAAAUCGGGGUCAAAAUAUGAAUUUAUUUUGCAAUACAAUUGAAUUUAGUUAUGGAUUUUAAUGAGAUCAGGUGUAUAAAUAGAGCCUUUAUGUAUCCAAGUCUACAUAAAAAGAAGGGGUUCAUAAAAUUUCAUGUAGCACAUUUUAUUCAAGACUUAGUCAUGUGUGUAGCCUUUUAAAUUUUCUAGGCAGGAUUUCCAGCUAAAACUUCCCUGAAAUAUAAGAAGCUUAAUGUCCUGGCAAGGUUUCUAGAAAUUUAAAGGUAUUGAAGUACACCUUGAAAAAUAAACAAGGUGAACAAAACGGUCUACGAAGGGUAAAAACAAAUGUAGGACUGCAUAUUUUAUGGAAUGUAUUUUUUACUUAUAAAUGUCACUGAUAAAUUGUUAUUGUUUCAGCAAUUUUCUCCAUGGAUUUACCAAGAUGACUGACAUGUUACAUGACCCAUCACUGACUUUAAAUGGCCUUCUCAAUCCAGACACUGUUUGGAAAUUGGGUCAAAAACUUUUACCAAAUUUCACCCAGAUGGCCAGUAGCCCCUUAGAGAUGCCCCCCUUAUUGCCUGUGCUCCGACCAAAGUCACCAUGUCUUCCUUUAGAUCUUCACAUGAGUCCAAAACGAACCUCUCCAGAUGAACCCAAAUCUCCAUCUGAUGUUAACCAGGGGACCCAAAUGAUGGCACAGGAUUUAUCCUUGAAUAGGGAAAUACAGCAUAAUGCAACAGAAGACCAAGAGAAAACGGAUCAUUUUACAUUAACACCUAUGCAAUUAAAAGAACGAGCGGAGGAGUUUUUACUUCAGAGUAAGGGUAGAGCUAAGAGAAAAUUGACCGUUCCUGUUCGUAUGCCAGAUGAUGUGGGGAUGGAGUGUGUGUCAGACAGGGAGGUACUGCUGGUCUACUAUAAAGAGAUGCUGCUACAGAGGGAGGCCAGUCCAUGUAAACAGAUACGAACUUCCCCUGCUGCGCCAGAGUCUUCUACUGCAGGAGGACUUGUCGCAGAGGAAACUCGCAAACCAGAGACAUAUUCACCAACUUGCUCUCCGUUGGACAAAAGUGCCCCUGUUAGCCCCACCUCCAAAGCAACAGGCAGCCCAUCAUCAAAAACAGAUGACAGCCAAGAACCAAGUAGCCCAGAUCCAGUAACCCAGGGUGGGCCAGAACAAGGUUCCUACCCUUGUUCGCAUUGUGAGAAAAGUUUUGCUUAUAUGGGCAAUCUUAAGCGCCAUAUAAAAAUGCACCAUGGGGAGUACCGACCAUAUAAAUGCAAUUUAUGUAUAAAACGCUUCUGGGGAAAUGACAGCUUAGAGCAGCAUGUGAAGCGUGUCCAUUCACGAUUUCGCCCGUAUGAGUGUGCUCACUGUGAUAAGAAAUACUCUGUUUGCUAUGAUCUCCAGAAGCAUGUGAGAAGUGUUCAUGGGAAGGAUAUUGACUGGAACAUGGAUGUUCCCAGCAUGCCCUCUGAUGGAUCGGGGACCACACCUGGUCUGGGAACUCACAAGGUCACGGGCAUUAAGACUCAAGCGCUCAAUCAGUUGAAUCACAAGUGCAAGUUCUGUGGACGAGGUUUCGCGACUUUUAAUGGACUUGGGGUCCACCUUAAAAUGCAUUUCAGGUGCCGAGUGUGCUUCAAGGGAUUUAACACAGAAAGUUCUCUGCGCAUCCAUCUCCAGAAAGCUCAUGAUAUUACCGGAGAUCAAGAGUAUGUGCUAUGAUUGUGCUUUGGAUGGUUAGCUUAGUGGAUAUAUAAGGACAAGGUUCGAUAAUCAUAUACAGUCCCAAAGUAUGAAGCAUAUUGUCUUCCAAGUCAAAAGAAUUCCAUUUUAAUACUAUGCAAGAAUAGCUUAUGUAUGUACAUUAAUAUUAUUCACAUUUUAGGUGAUGUUUUCUGUGUUUCACAAUUUCUAACUUUGUAUUGAUAGAAUAAAGAUUUUUAUUGUAGUGCAAGUAGUUUCAGAUUCUAUUUUAAUGAUAUUGAAGUGUGUUUUAGAGCAACUCAAAAAAUGUAUAUUAGUCUUUUUAUAUUCCAUGGAUGAAUUAUGACAUUCCAUUUUUGUGUGCUUUUGGUUGAUACUUCCCAAUUAAUUAUUCUAAUGAGUGCUUAGUUUUGUGUAUUCUUUUUGUUUUGAUUGAUUAUUUUUUUAAAUAAUGGCAUUCCUUCUUGAUUUUUAUGUUUGAUUUGUAACUGUUAGUUGAUUAGGUAAAAUGCAGUAGUGCUUAUUGUUGAUGAAGUUUUUUAUUAAAAUUUUGACCUAUAUUUCCGUUUCUAUUGAAAUCUAUUGAUUCCAGAAUUCAAAAAAAAAAUAUAUAUUGGGUGAAUUCACAGUGCUUCACACACAUUCCACAACUUUGUCUUAUCAGGGAAUCAAUUAAAUCAACAAUUCUAUAAAAUAUUUUCAAAUUUUUCUGAAGAAAAUUUUUAGGGCUUUAAAUUUUCUUUGUACAUAUAUAAUUAUUCAAAGGGACUAUAAAUUAUGAAAUUUGGUUCAAUUUAUUGUACAUGUAAAGUCAACCAGAUGUUUAGAUCUUUAUGAUAGUGUGGAAAAAAAAUUAUGAAAUUAUAUAUUUUUUUAAUUUGAAUUCCAGAUCAGGAAAAAAUAUGAACAUUCCCAUAUAAUGAAAAAUACACACAUGUAUUUGUGUAGCUUCAAAAUUAAUUUGCUGGUCUUCAGAACAGAAAGCCCAUGUUAGACACAAAUGAUAAAAAAGAAAGCAAAUGCAUUUAAUUCAGUUAUUUGGCUUUGAAAUAUUUUUUUCCCUUCUUGGGUACAUAUGCCUUAAAUGAGUUCUGACUUUUGUGGAGGUGUUUUAAAUAAAAGAUGUUUAUAAAUUGUUAAUUAUAUUACAUGUAUAUUCUCAAAGACCAUUCCUAAUGUUACUUGUACACUUUUAAGAUAUACAUGUAUAUUCUAUCAUGUAAUGAUUGGACAUAUGUAAAUGUAUAAUUAAUGAUUUGUUGAUCAUAUAUAAAUAUAUAUAAAUGUUUUAUUUGUCAAUUUUAACAUUUACAUCUUGAAAAUUGUGAAAAAGAUAUUUUAUUUUUUAAGAAAUGAAGUAUUUGCCAGUUGAUGUGCCAUAAACUGUUGUACACAAAUCCAUUGUAGACAUCAGUUAUUUAUACAUGUAUAUAUACAAAAAAAGGUUUCUGAUUUGGAAACAGUCUUCAAAAUUUUUUAAUCAUUUGUACAUUCAAAUACAGUACAAUCCCCCUUGACUCAAUCUGUGUCCAUAAUUUUUUGACUUUUUCACAUAUACAUUCAUCAAAAAUUUCAUAUUCUACAUAUGUUUUAAUAUUAUGUAAUCAAGAUAUUUUUGGUCAUUAAAAAUCAUAUUAAGGUCAUAUGCAACGUAGUUUGAACUUUAUUGGGUUCUUCCCUGGAGUUGAAGAGUUCCACUAAAUGAAGGACCUGUGUGCAAUACUUUUAAUGUCUAUAUAUGGAUUUGUACACCUCUUCUAAAACAAAUUUUGAUGAAAAAAAAUCUGGAAUUUUUGUAAUUUUUGUACAUUUUUCUUUGAUAAAUGCAAAAAUUUUCAAAAUUUGAUAUCUUUUCAAAACCCCUGGUAACACAUGCUGAUUUUUUGUCGAAGAACAUGUUAUGGUAUUAUAAGUUUAAAUUCAGAAUAUCUUGAAAAAUUAUCAGUAAGUAAGGUACCUUGCGUAUGUCCUUAAACUUGCAUUCAUAUUUUUAAUGCAGUAUGCAUUUCAUGAUCAGUGUAUUCUAUGUAAACUAAAACCAAGCAAGCAGGAAAGAAUACAUGUAUAACUGAAAUUGUAUUUAUGACUCUUGCAUUGAAACAUCAUAAAAUUUUUAGCAGUUGUGGAGUUAACAUUUGCUUGUCUCAUCUAGAAAACUAUUUCAAAAUUAUUUUUACUAUCAUUUUUUUUUUUAUCACUUAUGUAUCAUAUAUGAAUGGUCAUGCUUUGAACCCAUCGGUACCAUUUAAUUAUCUUUCGACCAUUAUUAUGAAAAACGUUUUGUUGGUCAGAUGUUCAAGGGUGAAAGUUAAGCUUACAUGUAGAUUGUUGUCAAUUUUAUAAAGGUUGUUAUUUUUUACACCAUAUUCAAACUUACAUAAUAAUAAAAUUAAUAAUAAUCACAUUGUUUACUUAAAAAGUGCCUAAUUAUGUAUUCUUGUAUGAUACAUGUCAUGUAUAUGCAUCAGAAGUUGAUAUUUGGUCAGUAUACUGAUAUUACAUCUAAAUUUGUUGUAUGUAUAUUUUUAUGCAAGUAUUAUGGGCAAAAGUAGCCAAAGUUUCACUUUCAGUGUAAAAGCAUGCAGUGAUUAAUAGUUAUACUUUAAACUGCAAAUUUUAUGAAUUGAGAAAUAAAUUUUACCUUGACAUUUUGUUAUAGCAUAUAUCUACCAACGUUAUACAUAUUCAUAAUUUUAAAGAAUGUCAGUUCCAGUUAUGAAAUGAAAAAAAAUUGAUGUCAACUCUUUUAUUUUGGAAGGGGAGAAGUUGAAUAUCCAAUUAUAGUUUGGAUGUGAUAGUUUGAAUCAUAUUGUUUAACGGACUUGUUGAAUAUUUAAUAUAGCUGUUGAAUUAUUGCUCUGUAUAUUUUAUUAUGUAAGGGUUUUUUAAUAUCAGAGUUAUUUUUUUUAAUGUUUUUUUCAAGUUUGGUAAGGAUUAUAAAAUACUAACCCAAAUUUUAUUAAUUAAGAAACCUCUCUACACUGCACACUAAAGAAUUCUGAUUCUAAGGUAUUUUUCUGCAGUUAGAGUGAUCUGCCCUUAGAUCUAAAUUCUAAAAAAAUAUAUUUACAAUGUAUUACUUAAUUUUUAUUAAAUUUAAGUAUUCUUUAUAUUUUAAAAGGCCAAGACAAAUUAACUGAACGUGUUAUUCACAUGUAUUUUCUCCACUGAAGUAAUUAACAGUGAUUUCUAUUCACCGAUACUGUGUUGUCUUUGAACAUUUUUCCUGGGGUUAAAUGCCAUGCACCAUACAGUAAAAAUUAGAUAAAUAAGCUCAAUAUUAACUCCUUUAUACAGUAUAUUUUUCUCAAUGUCCAAAAAAUUCUUGCACUGGUGUAGAGAGGGUCCUUAACAUUAAGGUAUUUGACUGCUUGUUUUCGUUCAUGUCUUUGGGCAUUAUGAUUGACACAACACAUUUUGACUUGCUUUUCUUUGAAGCUUAAUAUAUGUAUAAUACAUUCCCAGAGGCACCUAACGUUACUUAUUUUUCUUUUAAUAAAAAAAAUAUACCCUUACCUUAUAAUAAACCAAGGUUUUAUUAUAGGUAAAGGUAUAUUUCUUUUAUUAAAAGAAAAAUAAGUAACGUCAGGUGCCUGUGUACAUUCCAUACGAUUUACAAUAAUGUAGAAUUUUCAUAGCAUCUUUUUAAAUUCUUUUUUUUCUUUUUCAAAGUGUUAAUAGAUGGCUGAGUAAUUGGUUGGAUUGGGUCACUUCUAAAGAUGAUGUUUUACGAAUUAUUAAAACACAUUUUCUAGGGGAAGGGGGGUGGGAUUCCAUCUUAAGUUUAUAUAUUUUACCAGGUUCAUAUUUCUAAUGAAUAAUACUCAAAUGGCUCAAAGUCUGGGAUUUAAAUGAAAAGUUUUAAUGAACCAAACUUUCAAUCAGUGACAUCUUACAUUUAUUUGUAAGAUUUAGACUUCCUCGUUGGUGAAUCUGUAGUUUAAAAUAGUUUUAAAACAGUAAAGGGUCUUUAAGAAAAAGUCAUUAUCAAUACAUGUACAUGGAUAUGCACUGUAGUUACAUAAAAUGAAUAAUUCCAUUUUAGGCAUUCUGCAAUAUUCAUUCACAAAAUUAUUUAGUGACAGUAAUGUUUCCAACAAAGAAAAUGUUCAUUUAUUUUUUAUUUAUUAUCAGUUAAACUGGAGCAAUCAUAUUAUUUAUCUAGAUGUUUUGAAUUUGCUGGAUUUUUUUUUAAUCUUAAGCAAAAACAGCAUUUUUACAGAGCAUUUGAUGUGUUUUUAUGAAGUAAUUAUACAGGAAGGAUUUGGGCAAUUUUUGACAUGCCUUUUAGUCCUCAAAUGUGAGUAAAAAAUAUUUCACAUUUGUAUCUAGUUUGUACAAUAAAUAAAGAUGCUAAAAAUGU